AGAAGGAAGCUACUCUGUGAUUUUCAUUGGCGAUGUCAACCCUCAAAACCUAGAAUGUAUUUAUUAUUAAAACCAACAAACCCAAUUCGUCUCCCCCACAACUUACUCCAUAGACAGCACAGCAGAGGAGGAGGAGGAGGUGGAGGAGGAGGAGAGCGGAAGAGGAAGAAGAUUUCACAUAAUUCUUCUUCUUCUUAAUCUUCUUCUUCUUCUUCUCUGAUACAAUUAUGGGUGGCCAGCUGUCCACUCAGUUGAAUCGCCGGAAAGCAAUCUCCACCGAGGAGAAAGCGCUGUCUGAUCUUCAACAGAGCGGCAAGGAGUUCCCCGGCAGCGACUACCGUCCGGCCGACAGGAAAAACUGGAUGGCCGGCCUCAACCCGGAGAAUGUUCAUCUCAACAUGAUUGUAUGGCCAGGCACCCAUGAUUCAGCCACCAACAAAAUCGGCAUUCCCUGCAUCACUCGCCCCUUUGCCCAAUGUCAGUCUCUCUCCAUCUACAGCCAGCUCGAACGCGGCGCCCGAGUGCUCGACAUCCGAGUCCAGGAGGAUCGCCGCGUCUGCCAUGGGAUCCUGCUCACCUACAGUAUCGACGUUGUCAUCCAAGAUAUCAAGAGGUUUCUGUCGGAGACCACAUCAGAGAUCGUAAUUCUGGAGAUCCGGACAGAGUUUGGACACGAGGAUCCCCCCGAGUUCGACAAGUACUUAGAGGAUCAGCUGGGCGAGUUCUUGAUCCACCAGAACGAUCACUUCUUCGAGAAGACAAUUGCAGAGUUGUUGCCGAAGAGAGUAAUCUGUGUUUGGAAGCCAAGAAAGUCGCCUCAUCCAAAGGCAGGAUCGGCAUUAUGGAGUUCUGGGUACUUGAAGGACAACUGGAUCGACACGGACUUGCCGUCGACCAAGUUCGAGAGCAAUCUGAAGCAUCUGAGCGAGCAGCCGGCGGCGGCGUCCAGAAAGUUCUUCUACCGGGUGGAGAACACAGUGACGCCGCAAGCCGAUAACCCGGUGUUGUGUGUUAGGCCGGUGACGAAUCGGAUUCAUGGAUAUGCAAGGGUGUUCAUAGCUGAGUGUUUCUCCAGAGGCUGCGCUGAUCGGCUGCAGAUAUUCUCGACGGAUUUCAUAGAUGAGAGCUUUGUCGAUGCUUGUGUUGGGCUUACACAUGCGAGGAUUGAAGGAAAGGCGUGAUGGAAAGGCGUUAUCAUUAAAUUGUUUAAAUGAUAAUAAUAAUUUGUAUGCAUCGGUCAUGGGGUGUUUAAUUAAUUCUUUGUUCGGAGAUUAAUCUGUUGUUUCUUUUGUAAUGGUUGCAACGCUACGCUUGUAAGUAAUUGAAUCCAUGCACUAUCAUGCAUUGCCCUGA